UAGGAAAAUGGCGGGGAAGUUAGAGCCUUUGGCAAUGGAGCCGCCGGAAGUUGUGGAGGAGACCGAGGAGGCUGAAGGGCAGACCAAGCCUUUGAAGGUGCCUGAAGACUUGCUGGCAAUGGUGAAAAAGCUGCACAAAGAGGGAAGUCUGGAGCCACAGAUUGAAGACCUGAUUAACCGGAUUAAUGAGCUUCAGCAAGCAAAGAAGAAAUCCAGUGAGGAAAUGGUAGAGGCCCAAGCUCUCUGGGAGAGCCUGCACAGGGAACUGGACUCCUUGAAUGGAGAGAAAGUUCACCUAGAGGAGGUCUUGAGCAAAAAGCAAGAGGCACUGGGGAUCCUCCAGCUGCACUGCCAGAGGAAGGAAGGUGGAGCUCAGAGGGUUCAGGUUGAAGAACAGCUGGAGAAUUUGAUGAGCCAGCACAAGGACCUCUGGGAAUUGCACAUGUUGAAGCAGCGAUUGACCUGGGAGAUACGUGCCCUGCAGAGCAGCCAGGAGCAGCUGCUCACUGAAGAGAAACUGGCCCGGGACAAGCUGCGGGAGGUGGAGCGCAGGCUGCGCUCGCCACCCGAGGUCGGGGGCGCCCGGAUGGUGAACGACGGGCUGCCGGCGGAGGUGGAGAUAUUCGAGGGGCAAGAGACUGCCCCAAACCGUUGCCCCCCAAAGGACGCGGACUGCAAAGGAGAGGCCGGCCCCGAGCGCCCCAGAGCCCGCAGCGAGGACUUGGAGCCGCCCCCAGACCCGUAGGACCCGCCCCGCCCCCUCCCCCCACGCCCCUCCUUCGAAGGCGACCGGAAAUAAAGGCGCGGAUUUCGGACCGUCCUCCACCUCCAGCUUCGGUCUGUUCUCCAAUUCCUAACUGUUUUACCAACAGGAGCUAAAGGGAACGUGUUAAACACCCAUAUAAGGUCCUGUAUGUCUCCUAGUAAAUCCCAGCCUCCCAACAGCCCCUGCGUCCCCCACAGACGC